AUGUACAUGUCAUUGAUAAUGUCUAUUUUAAAUACCUAUGGUAUUGAUCACUGUAGUCCACCAAAAUUCAAUUUCUUGUUAUUUAACAGUACAUAUCUCGAGGGUAUAGGCAAUGAUUCCUUACUUAAUAAACGUUUUAAUUCAUUUGUGCAGAGCCUUGAGGUUUACCGAAACAUACCGAUAGUAGCAAACUACUCAACUUUUUUAAAUAUUGACAAUUUUUAUAAAACAUAUCUUGAAGAAACGGCUUUGUUCACUAAAUACAAAGACAAGUUCAGUUUUUUUUACAAAGGUGAAAGGAAAUACAUUCAUGAAAUUUACAACAACAUACGUGGAAUUAAUUUGGACCCUUCACAUGUGUUCAAAUUGUAUGAUAUAUAUUUCAAAUUCAUUCUUUGUUCUAUAUUUUACAAAGUAUGGAUUUUUGCUAAUUACUCAGUCAAAGAAAGUCAGUCAAAAUCGAAUAGAUUGCGGUUUGAUGAUUGUGAUGACUUUCAAAAUCAUUAUUAUAUGUUUCUUAAUAAUGAAAAUUUUCCCUCAAAUUUAUGGAUACUUGUGUCUAUUGUUGAUCGAUUUUCUACGAUGGUGUAUGAUCUAUGUUAUAUAAGAGCAGAGAAAACCGAAAAUUACCACAAAAAAAAUAAGUCUAAAGAUAAAAUACCACAGUUUGAAAAUUCUAGGAAAGUAAGCGAUUCAGAUAAGCAGUAUCUUAAAAUAUACGAUUUAAAAAACAAUAUGAAUAAGCAAUUUGAAGAAUUCGGUAUGUUCAUAACAAAAAUAUUAGAAGAGAUUCCGGAAACGUCGUUAACCUUAAAGGACAAAUUCAAACAAACUGUUCUUAGAAAACCCAAAAAAACAGAAUUGAUAGAAAAAGUUUUCGAAGAUAUGACUGAGCAUACCUGCGAAUUAGUCAAGGCUACUAACAAUAUGCUCACAAGACUCAUAAUCAAUAUUUAA